GACAUUGCAAAGGAGGCCAGCCGUAUCUACAACCAGAAAUUUCCCAAACCGCCUUCUCCUCAGAAAGGAGGAUCAGGAGUACGCCAGCCACCACGAAGACGAAGCAGCGGUAUCAAUAACAUGUCGGACAUCAUAAAUCAACCGCUUACCGGUUCCUUCACUCAGAUCGACGAUUCACAAAGAUCGCACCAUCGAUAUUAUACGGGUGACAAUUCUCUCACUCACAAUCAUUACCACGGCAACCAUCUGCAAUCCACAAACGUACAACAUAUCCCAUUUCCGUCGAUAGCGGACGCCCAAUAUUCCUCGAGUAUUCUUAAUAGGCCUUCGGUACGUUCGGCAAGGCCUUUACCCAAUCCAUAUACGACCACACCCACCUCGUCAACAUUUCACAUGCCGUCGUUGCCUCAUGUCAACUCCCUGACCACGGCAUCGUUUAAUUACAUGGACGAGACCGGCCCAAACGAUUGGGAUUUUGCCACAGCGGCUCAUGCAUAG